UCCUCUUCCAACAACAAUAAAUCAUAGAAAGAGCUGAUGGUACAUACUUAAUGUGUUCUCUCGCCUUGUCUUUACUGCUCCACGGAGGCUCUGAUAACAAACCCAUAAAAAUUGGUGGUGUGGGGGGGGGUGGAUUAAGGAAUUUAGGCAGCUGGCAGCCCAUGAAACACUUGACAGAAAUGAUUUCAGACUUCUGCAAUGAAUACCCCUUUUGAUUUCAUGCCCUAAAGCUGCAAAAUGGCUAAUCGCAUUAUGCAGUGGCUGCUCACCUUGGCUCCAUCUCCACCUUCUUCCCAGAGCCUUGCAGACAGACAGAGCCUCACCUGUCUUUGAGAGAUGUGUGGGUUGAGCACCUUCAGGGGGGGCGGGGGUGUGUGUUUCUGUCUGGACCCGGGUGCGUCUGCUGGCCUUUGGGGGACUGGUCGUGGGUCGGAGAGGGAUUGUAGUGUAGGGGGAGAAGGGCAAACAGUUGUGAGGUUUCCAGGAUGGUGGGGCAGGGUGCCAAGAAGAGAAGCGUGGCAGGUUGCCAAGGCUGGGAACACACAGAGCCUUGUCUGAAGCCCGGGCAUGCACCCAGCACAGGUGCUGAAAAAGGCUGAGUGAAGGGAUAUAAAAAAAAAAAAAGGGAGGUAGGUCAAUCAAGAAAAGAAGGCACGCAGACACAUCUAGAAGAGUAGAUUGGGUUAGACUAUUAUAGUCUAGUGUUUGUGUUGGAUGGAAAGUUGUUUGCCAUUGUAAACCGAUGGGGUAAAAAAAAAAAAAGGGCCAGCAAGGCUAUCCCAUUUAGAGGCAGUGGGAGAAGGUGUCAUUUGUCUUCUGCAGGUGUCAUAAGGCUGACUGGAUUUGAUGGAUGUGAAGCCGAACCUGGCAGUUUAUUUCAUCUGCGUCACCCCUAGCGGCGGAUUAGAGACACAGUGAGGCUGUUGUGAGCUUUUCUUCCCCAGAGCUCCUAUUAUCACACUGAGCACUCGGAUUUUCCCCGUUUGACUUCUGUCACGUUUCGAGGCGUGUUGUUCGGUGUGGGUCACAAGAAAAAGCUCCUUGGCUGAGAAAAUAGGAAUCUACAGGCAGUUUCCCACCUCAUAAUAAAGCAACAUCCAUCCUUAAGAAAGCCAAGAGACCACGGCGGGGCAAUGUGACCUUUGACCAGGUGACGGUGUUCUUCUUCCCUCGGUGCCAAGGCUUCACCAGUGUUCCCAGUCGCGGAGGAUGCACUCUGGGCAUGAUGCAGCGCCACAGCGCGCUCCGCACAUACACGCUUGCGGAGUUUGCUGUGGAGCAGCGGCUUCUACGCCGGGAAAAAUUCCUCAACAGACUCAGGGAGGAGAAGCUGGAAGCUCUCAAAUUAAAGCUGACCAAGAACGGAACCCAGGAGAGUGAGGAGGCGGAGCAGCUGACGGUGGACGACAUCCCCGAGCAGGACAUCGACAUUAGCGGGGCCAACCUCGACGAAGGCUCUUUCCUCCAGCCUUACCCGUCGAAACGCCGCUACGCGCUGCUCAAAGCUGCCGGUGUGAAGAAGAUCGACAAGGAGGAGAAGAGGCAGCUGCAUGAGCUGAGGAUCUCCAGGGAGAACUGCGGCUGCGACUGCCAGGGCUUCUGCGAGCCAGAGACGUGUAGCUGCAGCCUCGCCGGCAUCAAAUGUCAGAUGGAUCAUUCCUCUUUUCCAUGUGGCUGCACCAAGGACGGCUGCGGAAACACAGAGGGUCGCAUCGAGUUCAACUCCACCAGGGUACAGACGCAUUACAUCCACACUAUCAUGAAGCUGGAGCUGGAGAAGAGGCUGGAGGAGCAGUCGAGCACAGAGGAGGAGGAGGAGGUGAACACAACGGCGGCCUCUGCCUCCGUACCGGCGGCGCCCUCCUUCCCCUUUAGCUCAGAACUGGCAGCAGCUGGAGAGAACAGUUGCAGCAGCGACAUGACGGACUUAUCAGACUCCUCGGGUCAGAGUGAGGACUCUGAGGCAGGCGAGAGCCCGUGUGAGCACCGAACCCAGCUGGAUGUGGACGAGAAAGGGCUGAGCCGUAUCCUCAGCUUCAGCGAAACAGAGAACUGCUCGAGAAGUAGCAGGGACGGUGGGGAUAAGAACAGUAAAGACACUUGCUGCCAGGAUCAACGGCAAGAGCAACAGCAGCCAUCUACAGAGACGUUUAGUAGCUUUAGCAUGGUGGACUUUGCCGACGAGAAUGACAAUAUAGACGCCGCACUGUUGGACUCUGCAGACGAUCACACAGACAAUCGAGCAACAGCCAUUUCAGAACUUUUGGAUGAGAACGCCAACCAGGGAAAUGCCCUAUUCCAUAGCAGUAGCGUGCCACACACACCCUCCCCUACCAUCGAUCGCUCGGCGAGCUACAACAUGGACCUGAGCCUCUCCUCGGAGUCGGACCUGGAGUUCUUUGACGGUUUCCCCUGCUUGGGGUCCAGCUCGCUCUACAACUCCCUCAAGGAGUACGAACACAUGGACAACUUUUUUCAGUUUCAGUUGCCUAGUUACCCCAGCUUCCCUGCGGCUAAUGACCCCGGGACCUGCCUCCUGGAGUCACUGAUUGGCCUUUCAGAGUCCGUCCCCGAACCCCCUGCCACAUUUACAGACAAUCAGCUGUUGGAGGAAGCCAUGAAAUUGUCUGUGAUGGAGUCUGUGAAAGUUUGACAAAACGUGAAAAUCUUUGGACAGUGCAAGUGGGGGAAAAAAAAGGGGGGGGGGGGUUGGGAGUGGACUGAUCAUGCACAUAAGAUGUCAAUGUCAACAUGUUUGAUUUUAGAGGAAGCUGUGAUUUCCCUCUUGCCUAAUAAAUGUUUAAAUUCCAGACUUGCCUUCAAAAUGUUAGCAAAGCAAUUUGGGAUUAAUGCUGUGUGAGAUGGCAGCUAGUGUUAAAAGUGAAAAGAUACUGAAUAGAGAUCAAUUUGACCAGGCCCAUAGAAAACCAAUGAUGGCUCUCAAUUCCUAAGAAAGCUCUUUUAACCAAACUAAUAUCACCAACCAUAUGCUAAACAGGAAAUCAACUUUUUAAUGGGGCCAGGUUGGGUAUCUCAACACAGCUGAAUGUGCACCUCAGGGAUUUUUUUCUAGCUUUCUAGCUUUUGGAGGCAAUGUAUGGUGACCAUUGCUGUGAUGGCCUUCAUAUGAAACCCCGAGUCAAAUCACAACAUAGUCCUGUUCAUGUCCUCCCUGUGGGCUUUACACCCAGGUGACUUGAGUAGGUGGGGGUCCUCCCUGUGUUGUAUCCUGAAGCUAGUGGACUCUUUCUCCUCAAGAUCUCUCCCAAGGGUCUUAUAUGGUACAAAAAAGAAAAUCCCUCUAAAAGCUCCUCGGUCAGCACUUUAUCUGUGAAAAUAGUUAUGUAUGAAUAGGCAUUGUUUUGGUUGUGUGGGGUCGAUUCAACAGUUCAACGCUAAAUUAUGGAGUUUCUUAUUUAUGAGCUGGGUAUCUAGAAAUAAUGGCUCAUACCAUUAAAAUCUGUAGCUGUAUUAUCUUUAUUACCUUUGUUUUAAAUUAUUUCCUUUUAUGAUUUUAAUUUUUAUUUAUUUCUGAUAAAGCCUACUUUCACUCAAGAAGCACUGUGGUUAUUUUCACCAGACAGUGCAAUCUUCCUUCCUUUUUUCCAUAUCACGUUUAGGCAUUGGUAUGGGAAAUGGGACCACAAGUCCAUCAGAAAGUAUUUAAUAUCUAUUCUCUUAUACAUUUAACUUUUUUUUUUUUUAGUAAGUUAUUAUGUCAUUAUUUCAUUAGUUAUUUAAUUUAAGACUUUUUGGCAAUAAAAAUGGGCUGUUGUGAAGUUUACUGGAUGUGCCUGCUUAUCAGGGGAGCCAUGCCUGCCAAUGGUGUGUGCACAGUGCUUCCAUUUAAGCUUUGGGACUGAAAACUGUGGAAUCUCCCUAAUCACUGAAACUAAAUUAUGGGUCUAUUGUAUUGCUGCCUAUAAUGUAACCAUAGAAAAUUACACUAAUAUUUUGUAACUAAUUUAUGUAGGUUGACAAAAGAAUUCUAAUCACUGACAAAUUGAAUAUUUUAUUAAGAAAUCAAAAUGAGUAAUUUUCAAUCCGGGACAACCUUUGUAAUAUAUGAAUUAUAGAGAAAUGUAUACUUAUGAAGGUUAUUGCUCUCUAGCAUUCUGAAGUAUUUUUCAUAGGCAGUCUUAUGGUUAGAUAUCUUAGCGAAAUGCCACUAAAACUGAGUAAAUUGAAACAGAUCAAUUUGAUUGUACUCUGAAUUUUUUGGAAGUCUGUGACUUGGGUUACAACAUGUUAUAAAUUACACAUGUAAAGGGAUUUGUGGAUAAAAACUGCAUAUAUUAUACAAUUUUUAUCGCACACGCAAAACCCUGCAAAUCGAAGAGUUGCCUCAUUAAUUACAGGACAAGACCUUUCAAAGGUGAUUGUGCUGUCACCUGUGUUGAGGGACACUAGAGAGUUGAUGUACAUAUCUCACCCUUUCUACAACUGUUUCAACAGCCUUUCUGGACCCUUUAGAAAUUAUGCAUGCAGGUCCUGUUUGUUAAAACUUGUUCUAAUUAAUUGUAUACUUUGAAAAGUGCAGAGUGCACAUUGGAAAUGUAUUAUUCGCUUUUUGCCUUUUUGAUUACUUUCAAAUCCAUCCAAUACAUGUUCUUAUGCCAUGAAGAGGGCACUGAUUUUUGCAAGCAAACAUUUGUUUCUCUUGUACAAAACAUCAAUUCUCAUGAAGAAAUGGCAACAGUGAGUGUUUUAUCAAUGUAAUGUAUUACAGUACAGCUUUUUUUAAUUUUAUUUUCAAAGAACGUGUCUUACUUUUUGCCUUUUGUGUUGUACAUAUUUCUGCUUGAAUGGUCCUGCAGAGCAAACAAAGCUGCUUUAUUUUUUACAUAUUCACACUUUAACCUGCUGUUCAAAAACAGUUUCUUUCAUCUAAGCCAUUUUGACAGCCUGUCCCUCCAAAUAAUAAUAAAAAAAAAAACAUUUUCUAAA